UUGGUAUGCCAGACGCCGGCAGCGUCCUCCAUCAUCGGCAGCCACAACGUUCACACAUGCUCUUGCGUCGAUGCUGCCUUUGCCAACAACAAAAUGAGGUCAUCAAGGACCUCCUUGCGAUACAAUAAUCACACAGACAAUGUCAGGGACCAUCUGAAAGUCGGCAGCCAAUGUGCUGCACACCACCAUCGUGAACAACAAAUGUAGGGGUUAGACCUGAUGUCAGUAACCAUCUGAAUGACGGCAACCACUCUGCUGCACACCACCAUUGUGAACAGUAGGUGUCGGCAGUGAGGUACCAUGCCCGGGAAGCAUUUAUCUACACAUAAACGAGGUCAGUGGGGUCGCCAGAUCGAAUUUGUGCUCACACUGAUUGGCUACGCUGUUGGUCUCGGCAAUGUGUGGCGGUUCCCGUAUCUUUGUUUCAAAAAUGGCGGCGGAGCGUUUUUAAUACCAUAUACUUUGAGCCUGAUCUUCCUCGGAAUUCCGCUGUUUGCCUUGGAGGUGGCCUUUGGGCAGUUCGGAGGACGGGGUCCGCUAACCAUCUGGUUCGUCAGCCCAGCCUUUAGAGGUGUGGGUAUUGCCGCUCUGCUCGUGUCCACCGUCAUACAGCUGUACUAUGCUGUCGUCAUCGCCUGGGGCGUCUUCUACCUCUUUGCCUCCAUGGACUCGGUUCUCCCCUGGACUCGCUGUGAUGACUGUUCGUGCCUACUCUUCCGAAACAACGACAGCAUGGAGGUCGUCCUCAACAGAUCCUCCGUCAAUUGCUCCGGAUAUGACGGUCCAGUACGUCCCUCCAGUGAGAUCUAUUUCAGAGAAUACGCCCUCGAUAGUUCCGGAAAUAUAGACCGCCCUGGAAAUCUCAACUGGAAAAUGAUGUUAUGUAAUCUCUUCGGAUGGGUCAUUGUCUUUCUAGUCCUCUGUCGUGGUAUUAAAUCAUUAGGAAAGGUAGUCUACUUCACCACCACUGUCCCCUAUAUCAUCAUGACAAUCCUGCUUAUCAGGGGAGUAACGCUUGACGGGGCCUUAACCGGAAUACUGUUCUACCUCACUCCAGACUUCUCGAGACUUAGUGAUGCGUCUGUGUGGAGUGACGCGGCUGUACAGAUUUUCUUUUCUCUCAGCGCUUGUCAAGGUGGGCUCAUCGCCAUGUCCAGCUAUAACAGAUUUGACAACAACAUACUCAGAGAAGCGUUCCUUGUGCCGAUUAUCAACUGUCUUACCAGCUUUUUCGCGGGUUUCAUCGUCUUCUCCGUCCUCGGCCACAUUGCUGUGCAAGAACGCACAACAGUGGCUAACGUUACACAAGGCGGUCCUGGGCUGGCGUUCGUGGUGUACCCAGAUGCACUGGCCACUAUGCCAGCCGCCCCUCUGUGGGCCAUUCUCUUCUUCUUUCUUUUCUGCAUCCUUGGCUUCAGCUCUCAGUUUUCACUGGUGGAAACUGUUAUUACCUCUGUGUUUGAUGAGUUUCCACAUCUGUUCCAAAAACGGUGGCCCAAGUAUGCGUUUCGCGCCCUGUGGUGCUUUGUGGGCUUUCUGCUGGGAUUUCCCUUCUUGACACAAGGUGGUGCCUACCUCCUUGACCUGAUAGACAACUCUAUACUAGGGUAUCCGUCGCUCGUGGUGGGUCUGUGCGAGCUGCUGAUACUGGGCUAUAUAUACGGUUACAAGCAAAUUUCUGUUGACAUUUAUUCCAUGACCGAUAUUCGACCCAUCAUCUUCAGUCCUUGCUGGCUAGUCAUCUCGCCUGUGCUGCUGCUGCUCAUCAUCAUCGCCACGGCCGCCCAACACCAGUCGCGCCUGAGUCUCGGUGACCCCGUGUGGGCAGAAGUGCUGCACCUCCUGGUCUCUCUCGUCCCCAUCUGCUGCAUCCCGGCCUGGUUUUUCUACUAUACGUGUCCAAGAGGUCUCUGGGCGACCCUGCGUCAUCUGACGGCCCCGAAGCCCGAGUGGAUCCAGAGGCGCUUCAGCAUCCGCAAGAAGGCGGCCAGAAAGCACGCUAUGGCAUGGCAUGCCACCCCGCACUUGCAGGAUCCGGAGAAAUACCCUGGACAGGACGGUGUGGGACACGUGCAGGAUCCGGAGAAAUACCCUGGACAGGACGGUGUGGGACACGUGCAGGAUCCGGAGAAAUACCCUGGACAGGACGGUGUGGGACACGUGCAAGAUCCGGAACUCGACGGCAUGCAGCACGAGCUUAGCCCCCAGUCAGCCUCGCAUCAGAACAACUCGUCAGUCAAAUAGGCGCUUUACAAGUCAGGUCUUCCACACGAGCCGACAGUUGUGCCUUCUAUUAAGUGCUUUGCCUGUACAACAACAACAAGAACAAAAACCCUGUUGACCUUUGCCCUAUUUAGGUGCUUUUCACUUCUCGUGCAUUAACUAAGAUUCUCCUCUCCUUCGGCAGCUCUUUCUCUUGAGCAGCUAGCACUGCAGUCAAGGCAUGCAUUCCAGUCAGGUUUGUUUGUCAGCCACACGCUGUCUUAACCUGAGAUCCUGAUCAUUCUCUGGCACCAUCAUGUUGUGUGUUCUGUUCCAUUCAACAGUCGCUGCACUAGUCAUCAAACAACUACCUGCCGCUGUAGGAUCUGACAGUUCUCUCCAGGUGUGGAGAGUUCAGCUGUGCGAUGAGUUUCGGUAUCAAAACGGCUGCUACGGUCCAUUACAUCAGACCUGGUCAUUGCAUGGCCACCCCUCCCUGCUCCACAUUUAUUGUCGGACCAGUCAUACAGUACAGUAUUCAUACUGUACAGACAUCCCCCAAGCGUCUAUUUCCAGCUUCGUCGUGGUGAUGCCGACAAAAAUGUCUGCUGAUGAACAGGAAGCUGGGGGAUUGCCGUAUUCUGCUUAUGAAGCUUUAAAAUAAAUUGUAUUUUUGCUCAUACGGAAAUAACUUCUCCUAACCGCUUGUGUAAAACUUUGUAGUGUCCAGUAAUCUACGACAGCUGCAACAUUUGCUUGGCAAGUGUGAUUUUGAACAUAUGCUACAUCAUAAGGAUUUCUUCACGAUAUUGUCAUCAAAGUUUUUUGAAUUCUGUUAAAUGGCUUAAAUAAAAUGUGUAUAAUACUAGCAAA